AGGUCCAAAGUCCAAGUCCUUCAUAAGUUGACCUCCGUGUAGCUACCCAUUUUUAUAGUCCCCUAUACGAAGGGGAAGGAGACAAAAGCCUCAACCUUUUGUGUUUUUAUAAUUUUUGGGUUUAUCCUACCCUCUCCCUGCUCCCCCAAAUUCUUACACAAUAGUCCGUCUGUGUACUUAAAAGAAUCAUUUUCAUUUUGGUUUUGGGCAGGAGCAUGGGCGCGCCCGUUUUUCGUCUGUCAGCUUUCCCUCGCGCAAGAAGAGAAGCAAAAAUAAAAGACUUCUACCUAUGAGUCUAGUUUGUUUUGGUUUAUCACUGCCAUUUUUGCCCGAGCCCGUAAGACUCAAUGUGUAAGUAUCCAUGUGCGAUAUCGGACGGUACUAUGUGCACUACGAUUAGUUAGUAGAUUUUGUUUCUCUAAUGCCUGCGAACUGGAGGCCAAGGCCAACCAGACCCACCUCCAUGUCUUGUAUAAAUACAUCACGAGGACCUCGGUUUUCUGGUCUACUUCCUCUCGUCUUUUUGCGUCCCUCAUUUUUUGUUUGCCACACAACAAAAAGCGCCAGAGGGAGAGAAAAAAUCGGAGCGCUCCGACUGGUGUGCAGCACGCCUUCUUGUUCAUCCGCGAUUGUUCAAAGCACACGCCCCUGACGUCGACGCAGGACCACGACGACCAUGGAACCGGAUCUCAAUGGGGGAGACCACGUGAGCAGCCCUAACCAGGACUAUUCUCAAGAACAUUCUGCCUACGACGAUGAGGAGGUGUUUUCCCUUGACGAGAGCAUCUCGGUUCUGGAAAACUACUUUCUCGGGGGCCAGCGGGUACGCAGUACCUCGACCUUCUCUGGCUCAAAUCCGGAUGAAUUCGAAUUUGACGGCGGAGAUGAGGGGCUGCACCAGGACGUCGAGCAGCGUGAAGACGUAGCUGCAGUCCGCGUGCGCCAGCGGUCCGCGAGCAGCGACCAAGAAUUCUUCGACGCGACGCGUACGGUCGAACACGUCAUCGAGGUAGGUUCGUCGUCCGCUGCCUCGUUAUACGAGCUUGAUGGAGAUGGUGGAGCAGCGGGACAACGACAACCAACAGGGAGCAGCAGCUCUCCGUCCUAUAAUUUCGACUGGCUCGCGGACGAGAGCGAGACGUCGCAGGAGCGGGCCCGCCGGAUCCAGCUAGCUAGCCGAGUAGAUCAAGACGACCCACAAGCGCGACAAGGGCAAGAGCCGCAGUUUCCAGGCCAGAGGAGAGGACCGCUCCCGAGGACACGGUCCCCGAAUUUUUCCAUUGCUACGUGGUGGACCAAUUUUCUACUGCGCGCCAGCCGCUUCCCCGUUGGAACAGGACCGAACACUAGCCGUAGUUUCAAUCGUAUCCAAGAAAGAAGGAUUGUUUUUACGUCGUGGAGGACCCUCGUUUGUGAUGAGGAGUUGUACAACGCAAUGAGGCUAAACGUGCGUCAUGCUGGUCAUGCUUUUGACGGGCCAUCCACGUACUAUCUGCGCAUCAUAACACCCUGCCAGACAGAUUUGUGAUGAUCGUGCUCCAAAAAAAUAUUAAUGUACUCGUACCAGACUUUUUUUUUACAACACGAUGAGCUUUUUUCUUGGAUAAAUCGAAACGAGUCUUCGGAAUUUGAAUACGACGGCACAAGUUCCGUGGGGGCCCUCAGCCCGGCGCAGCAAACGGGUUUGGGUACGAACGCCUCUUCCCCGCAAGACGUCUGGCGGCUCUGGUUCGGGACCGUGAGAAGGACAGAAAACAUUCCUCGAGAUGAGCAGGAGGGCGGCGCCCAGAUUUUUCUAGCAGGAGAUGCUGGACGAGGUACAACUACCCCGUCACCACUGUCUCUGCUGUCUCGUCCAGGGUUCUUUUUCCUCGGUAGCAGUAACGACAAGACAAAGAGCAGCGACACAUCAAUGUCCUUCGCGAACAAGCGACACGCGCUGAACUUUUCCCGGACCCGGCAGCCGGAAAAGUUGCAGGCAGAGAUUGCAAGGGAGCGGGAAUUCGACCAGAAUCCCUUCGAAAGUGCACCUUCUUUUUCUGCUGCUGGAAGUGCGGAAACUACUGAAGCUGCUGCUAACAAGGAUCGCUCAGCAGGAGCGCAGCUAUCAGGCAGUAACAAGAUCCAGAAGCUUCUCUUGUCCGGCGCCUGGCAGGACGACCAAAAGUAUGGCUACUCGCUUACGGCGCGGCUCUGGGUGAAUUUUGUCAGAAGCGCAAAAAAUGCGACACAUAUUAACGGAGGGCUUGAAGAUAGUAGCAGUAGGAGUGCAGAAGUAGAAGAAGUUUGUGCUAGUACCGCUAAUGGAGCUGGUACAGAUGCCGGUAGACGAGCUACUGCGACUUCUUUUUCGAGUACGACUGGCGUGCCGGAAAAUGAAAAUCAAAAUGAAGAUGACAAAUCGUCCUCUCCUGCCCGCGCAAAGACAACUUCGUGCCACAGAUACCAGGUCGCCGGGUCGUUUGAGUGGCAGCUGCUCCGGGUGCCGCAAAAUGUUGCGCAUGUUUCGCCGACCGCCGCUAGCGGCUCUGCGGCAAGUGGUGCCAAUUUUUAUCCGUCUUCCCCUGCUGCGGUGCCUCGUGGAUCCACCUCGUCACCUUCUUCCCCCGAGUCUACGCGCGCCCGCCACCUCCGGCUCCAUAUCGGGGCCACUGCGGUAGAAAGGGUUCAAGGCGAGUUGCUGUUUCUCCGGCGGAGCACAGCUGAAAGUGAAACUGACAGAGACCACAACGACGAGGUCGUUCUGACGCUGCAGGGUUUCGAGAUCCUGGACCCCUUGAUUGCCACGGAAAGUCGUGAAAAGAUACCACUUGAAGAAAACGAAAUUGGUGCUGCAGAAUUUCUACCUCAGUCCGAGUCCAAUUCAAGGUUGAAGCUGCAUGAUAAACCGGCUGUAAUCGAGCCGUGCCACUACCACUUUCGCUUGCUUCCGAAACACUUUCCCGGGACGUUCUACGGCGUCAGUAGUGCGAUAGCCGACGAGGAAAGUUUGUUCACAGAGGGAUCGGUUGAGCUGCGGAAUAAAUCUCGUCAAACAGAAGUCGCACCAGCACCUCGCCUUUCCCGCUGGCCCGGCCGAUUGGAGGCCAGAAUCUUAGAUUUCUCUCCAGUGGAUGCGGAAGGUAGUGAUUUUCCAGUUUCACCAAGUACAACUGGGGAGAACAAGAGAAGCGGCCCGCCCCACAGAACAAAGAUGAACAACGACGAGGAUGGACUCCUGCGAAACGACACCAAUCACCCGUCGACAUCACUUUACGGGCAUGGUACUUUUCAACCGGCUGGAAAGGAAGUAGAUCUCCGGCCAGCAGAGGUGGAACAUAAUAUCGUGGCAGAACAAGAAGCUGAACCUGAAGCCCUUCCCUUCGAUGAAAAUGAUGACGUUGUUGCACAACUGAACAUGAGUACCGUGAAAUCCACGGGUUCCUCCGCCUCGAAUCUGCUCAUGCCAAUGCUGCAACCGACUUUGUUCAAAACUUACUCGGGCGAUGUUGUGGCCACCGGCGCGACGGCCUCGAAAAUGGAGGAGAACAAGAACGGUGAAAAUUCUUAUCCAACAUCAGCAGCGGUACAAACAAUUCUUGUACCUCCAACCACGCCCAGCAGCUGUAACAGCAGUCCGCAGCAUUCGCCGGGGGUGAGACAUCUGGAAGCAAGUCCAGCGGCAGCAGCGUUGCGAGUCCCAGAGAACUUCUUGACCACAACAGAGACCGCAUCUCAGACGGAAGAAACAACUCUAACUGCAAGAAGCCCAACAACCAACAAGACGAGGCCUGCUUCGUCGCGGAGCCACCAGAAAGUUCUCCGGAUUACCAGGAGCACCAGUGUAGUUGGUGCGUCGUCUUCGCAAAACCAGAAGCGCGUCGGGAAAAAACAGUCCGGAGCGACUGGUGCAAUGAUCUCGCCGUCUGCCUCUCCUCAUUUGGCACAUGGAACUUGUCCCAUUUGCCUGCACGCCUACGACCACAAAGUAUACACACAAAGUUGCGGGCACGCAUUCUGCGCUGGAUGCAUCUGUAAAUACUUGGAGCAGGAAAUAAUAAAUCCGAAUUACAGGAGUACGGCUGCGUCGUCAUUGUCGACAUCAACAAGGCAGGGGGGACGAGCAGGGAGAUCUUCUAUGGCUUCGCCAAGAGGUAGUGCGACUUCUUUGGCCAAUCGGAAUUCGUGCUGCCCGGUCUGCCGCACGCCGGCGCUCUUGGUCACCCUGCGUACGCCGGAUGGAUUGCUGCUGAUGCAACAUUUGGAGUUGUUUCAGCAGGUCGCAUCGCAGUCGCAGAUAUACUAG